AUGCAAAUGACGUCGCAGGCGAUGACACAAAGCGGUGAAAUUCAUUUCAACACCCGCCCUUAUGAAGCUGUCGAAGUCGGCAUACUGAACAAAAUGUGUGAACUGGAUUUUGCGAUACUGACUGAUUCAAUACCCGAAAGUUUUGACGGAAUCAAAUACCCUGAGGAUGUCUUUUUGAAUUUCGCCAAUGGACCGCCGAACAUGUCGGGCACUGCACGGGAUUCAAGGUGGAGCUUACUGCUAUCCAGUUUCGGUUACGAUCCACGAGACUUCGACCUGCUCCACAUCCUCCCCCUCAGCGGACGAGUCCACCAUCCCGGAACAAACACGUCCGAAUGGUACGCAUACGAAUUCCAUUACCUGAACCAGGGCCCGUUCCGAACGGCCCAUGACCUCUUGCACGCUUAUAAGACCAACGCAAUCCGGAAAGUGAGGCUGGACAAGGGAUUUAAGGCCCGCAUAUUGGACCGUAUUUUCCCGAUGCGGGACAACAGGAAACCGCUGCGCGACCAAGCUAACAAACAUGGGCCCAGGACGUAUUACCCGACAGGACCGACGUAUAAAAUUGACGGAACCAACGUGAAAUGGAUGGACUGGAAUUUUGACAUCAGCGGAGGUCAGAUUAGAGGACCAGCGUUGUUUGAUGUGAAAUUUAAAGGCGAACGGAUUUUGUACGAGCUAGCGGUGAACGACAUCGCUCUGAACUACGCCACCGAUUCGCACUCGCAGAAUAACAUAAUUUAUGCAGAUGCAACUUACGGCAUAAUGGGAGGUGAUACCCCGGGGACCGUCAUCAAGGAUAUUGACUGUCCUAAACACGGAAGCGUUCUCCAAACGUCAUUUUGGUUGACAGCAACGCAACGCGCAUACAACAUGUCUUCGAUUUGCGUGUACGAGGCCGAUGGAAAAUCCGCCCUGUGGCGUCACGCCGGCAUGGGGUUCGAGGCAGGGUUGCGCAAUCGACCUGUGGUGAUAGGUAACUACGACCACACGUUCGAGUUCCACUUCUUCUUGGACGGCAAAAUCUUCAACUACGUCCGAGCCAGCGGCUUUAUCCAGGCGAGCUUUUGGGAAAGAGAUGACCCUAAGUGGCCCGACAAAACCCGUAGUUCGUUCGGCUACAAAGUAAGCGACUAUAUGUCCGGACCCAUUCAUGACCACAUGUUCGGAUUCAAGGUCGACUUUGACUUAAUCGACAGGAACAACUCGUUCCAGCUCGUUAACUGGAAAGCGGGACCGAUUCUCAAAGCGAUUCGCACCCAGAACGCUUCGAUACCAGCCGCACCGGAGUACUUCAUUUACAACGAGACCCGUUACAUCGAUUGGGAGCGGGUACAGACAGAGAGGGCCAUUACGAAGCAGGCACACCAGCAGUUUAUGUUUGUGGUGAACACGCGUGAGAAAAACAAGUGGGGCGUCGAGCGAGGCUACGUUAUUGAGCCAUUGGCAACAGAGAGCAAGGAGACGGAGGCAGCGCAGAUGGUGGAUCAGGGCUUGGCUGGGUCCCGAGCGGAGGCGUCAGUUCGGUCUGUAUGA